AUGAGUUCAGACGACGAAACCAAUAAAAAUAUCACUGAUGGUGUUCCAGCAGGCAUACUUCAAGCUGCAGAAAAUGUUAAAAACGAGUUAGUACCCGAUAGGUCGAAAAAAAGUCUUUCUUUGUUAAUUGGUUUUGUUGAGCUUAUUAAAAGCCACGCAAAAUCCGAUAGCCUAUUUGGAUCACUAACGUUGGCGAUUAUCAUAACAAUGAUGUUUUAUAAAAUUUUCAUUUACCUAAAAAAUGGUAUUCCGUAUUCAUUCGCAGAAGUUAUGGAAGAAGAAAAGAUACAUUUGAAAUCGGACGAUGAGGAUAUUGUUGAAACAUAUCUUGGCCAAGUGGCAUAUUUUAAGUGGACCAUUAGCACCCAAAUUAUGUGCACUUUUUUCACAGUAGCCGUUUUUAUUGUAUCCAAUAUUUACAAAAAAAUCAACAACUCUUUCAAGGAGGGUGAAGUGUUUAUGUACGAAAUUUGGUUUCCAUAUGAUAAAAACAAUUACGAUACCUUAAUCUCGGUAUUGGAUGUUUGUAUGGUUUCGAUUGGAUUUUUCAAUAAUGUUGCAGUUGCAUCGGUUCCUUACACUUUAAUGAUAUACGUAAGUGUCGAGCUUCGAAUUUUGCAAAUUCGUAUUAGAAAAGUGUUUUCGUCUCAUGAAACUGACGACGCAUCUGUUGCUUUAAAGGUUAAAGAGCUUAUAAGAAAACAUCAACAUAUUAUUGAGUUUUUAACAAAAUUAAAUGAUGGAAUAAAAAAUGUAAUAUUGAUUGAAUAUAUAUUGGAUUCAGUUAACGUUGCUGCUGCACUUUUGCAUAUAAUAACGGCAAUUAUUUUACCCUUUAUUACAAAAAUAGCCCUAUCGUACUGGAUGAAUUCGGUUGUUCACUUAGUAAUUGGCUUACCCACAGAUUGA